AUGAAGUACAUCAUAGUAACUGGUGGCGUCAUAAGUGGCAUCGGCAAGGGUGUCGUUGCCAGCUCCCUCGGAACGUUGCUCCAUUCGUGCGGAAUCGGAGUCACCUCCAUUAAGAUCGAUCCGUACUUGAACAUGGAUGCAGGAACAUUCUCUCCUUAUGAACACGGCGAGGUAUACGUUCUGGACGAUGGCGGAGAGGUGGAUCUUGAUUUAGGAAAUUACGAACGUUUUCUAGAUAUCACACUACAUCGUGAUAAUAACAUUACUACGGGUAAAAUUUAUAAAAAAGUGAUUGAUCGAGAACGAGUAGGAGAUUACUUGGGGAAAACAGUUCAGGUGGUUCCUCACAUUACGAACGAAAUUCAGGAAUGGCUGGAAAAGGUGGCCACAACACCAGUCAAAGGUAACAUUACACCAGAAGUGUGUAUCGUGGAACUUGGUGGAACGAUCGGUGACAUAGAGAGUAUGCCAUUUGUCGAAGCACUCCGCCAGUUCCAGUUUCGAGUGAAACGAGAGAAUUUCUGUCUUGCACACGUUUCGUUGGUUCCAUCACCUCCCGCUACCGGUGAACCAAAAACCAAACCAACGCAGGCUAGUGUCCGAGAACUUCGUGGACUGGGACUUAGUCCAGAUUUGAUUGUUUGUCGAUCGGAGCAUCCGAUUGGGAAUGAGAUUAAGGAAAAAAUUAGUAACUUUUGUCAUGUGGCUCCAGAGCAAGUAAUUGGUAUACACGACAUGUCUUCUAUUUAUCAUGUUCCAUUACUGAUGGAAGACGCGGGUGUGAUUGACAUGCUAAAUGACAGACUGAAACUGAAUCUGACUUCAACACGACCAGUUCAAUUCAUGCAGAAUUGGCGAGAUCUAACGGAACGCAUUGAUAAUGUGCACAAAAAGGUUACUAUUGCUGUAGUAGGAAAAUACACUAAACUGCAGGAUUCCUACGCAUCGCUGUCCAAAUCACUGUUACACGCAUCAUUAGCCUUAGGAUAUAAAGUUAUUAUCAAAUAUAUUGAAGCCUGUGAUUUGGAACGAGAGACCAAACAGACCCAGCCCCAGUCGUACUACGAAGCUUGGCAAGCUCUCACAGACAGCCAGGGCGUCAUUGUUCCAGGAGGAUUUGGUACGCGUGGUGUGGAAGGAAAAAUCCGUGCAUGCCAGUGGAGCCGGGAAAACAAAAAACCUUUCCUUGGCAUUUGUCUCGGUCUACAGGCUGCCGUUAUCGAGUUCGCUAGAAAUAUUCUGCAGAUAGAGAACGCAACUACAGCAGAAAUUGAGCCAAAAUGUGAGCAUCCGUUGGUCAUAGAAAUGCCCGAACAUCACCCAGGGCAACUGGGUGGCACAAUGCGUUUGGGAAAGAGAACAACUAUCUUCAAAAAAGACAAAAGCAUUAUGAGACAAUUAUACGGCAACGUAGAUCAAAUCCAGGAACGGCAUCGUCAUCGGUACGAAAUCAAUCCGAAGUACGUCGCUCAGUUGGAAGAGAAGGGCAUGCAAUUCGUCGGCCAUGAUUCAGAGAAAACCAGAAUGGAAAUCAUUGAAUUGAAAGACCAUCCAUAUUACGUCGCCACACAAUUCCACCCGGAGUACCUUUCACGGCCACUCAAGCCUUCCCCUCCCUUCCUGGGGCUGAUAUUGGCUUCGGUGGGCAAGCUAGAUUCCCACCUGCAGCAGGGAAAUAAGCUAGCGUCGCCAUCUGACGUUGCAAGUGAAAAUUCGGCUUAG